ACUAAAUGAGAACAAUAACGGCAAACCCCCCCUUUUUUUUCUUGAAUUAAAAAAAAUAAUCCCAAACUUUCACCGAAAAUCCCCAUAAUAUCUCAAUCAACUCAAGAAAAUAAAUAAUAGAAGAAUCUUUUUCGUGUCCGAACUGCAUUCCUAGUCAAAACACCCACGCCUGGAGAGAAAAGUAUUUCUAGAGAGAGAAAGUUCAGAGUUGUAGGAGAGAUUAAACGAGAGACAUGGCUACCUAAUUUUUAGGGUGCUGCAUAAAAGUUGUACCCAGUUAGUGUUUUUCCACCUGAUCUUCGUGAACCAACUUGGGUGGAGUUUGUUCACAAGUUUGCUCAAUUUCUUGAAUUUCUAUGGGAGCUUGCUGGAGUAAUCGGAUCAAAGCUGAAAGCCCCCUUCACACUGGGUUUAGCUCGAGAACUGGUAGCAAGAAUGGAAAUGAUUGUAGUGGGUCAAACAGCAAAAUCUCGACUGCAUCAACGCCCCAGACUCCUCGAAGUGAGGGUGAGAUUUUACAAUCUUCGAAUUUGAAGAACUUCAGCUUCAAUGAACUGAAGACAUCAACUCGGAACUUCCGUCCUGAUAGUGUGCUGGGAGAAGGUGGGUUUGGUGCCGUGUUCAAGGGGUGGAUUGAUGAGCAUUCUCUUACUCCCAGUAAGCCUGGAACCGGUAUGGUGAUUGCUGUUAAGAGGCUUAACCAAGAAGGGCCUCAAGGUCAUAAAGAGUGGCUGACGGAAAUUAACUAUUUGGGGCAAUUACGUCAUCCAAAUCUUGUGAGAUUGAUUGGUUAUUGCUUAGAAGAGGAGCAUCGGCUACUGGUGUAUGAGUUCAUGCCUCGUGGGAGCAUGGAGAACCAUCUAUUUAGAAGGUCUGCACAUUUCCAGCCUCUUUCUUGGAGCCUAAGAAUGAAGAUAGCUCUUGGCGCUGCCAAGGGGCUUGCUUUUCUUCACAGUGAUGAAGCCAGAGUUAUUUAUCGAGACUUCAAGACUUCAAAUAUCUUACUUGACGUGAACUACAAUGCAAAACUAUCUGAUUUUGGGUUAGCCAGGGAUGGACCUUCUGAUGACAAAAGCUAUGUUUCUACGAGGGUCAUGGGAACUCAUGGCUACGCUGCACCAGAAUAUGUCGCAACAGGUCAUCUGACUCCUAAGAGUGACAUAUAUAGUUUUGGGGUUGUCCUCGUGGAAAUGUUAUCCGGGAAGCGUGUGAUAGACAAGAACCGUCCUACUGGUGAACAGAAGCUGGUGGAAUGGGCCAAACCUUAUCUGAGCAACAAACGUAAAAUAUUUCGUGUUCUGGAUCCAAGAAUUGAAGGGCAGUACUCCCUGGAUCAUGCAAUAAAGGUGGCUAACCUUGGUUUAAAAUGCCUAUCAUUUGAUCCAAAGUUAAGACCGAGCAUGAACGAGCUAGUUACAGCAUUAGAGAAGCUUCAGGUACCACAGGAGCCUACAAGGAAUGUAAGAAGAGAGACUCAACUUUUAGGCCAACUUAGCCGCCAAACUAAUGGAGUACAGUCCUACAGGCACAAUAUACAGAAAGCUUCGGGGCUAAGUACUGGCGCUUAUCUGAAGCCAAGUCCACUUGCUGGUAAAUCAUAGAAAUAACGUAUAUAGUUAAAUACAUAUGGUGGAGUGAUAUAAUUUAUAGUUUUGAAUAGGAAAUUGGUAGAGCAUUGUACAUGUAUCCUAUGUGCAAGAAAUUAUGGAGUGUAUUAAUCUGUCAAACUUAGAGAGCAUUGUACAGGUAUCUUCUGUGCAAGAUUUUCUUC